AUGAAGCUCAUCUUCUGCCUAUCGGCGGUCUUGCUGCUGCACCGAGCCAGCUCCAACGAGCAGCCCUGGUCCUGGGGCGCCGGUUCGAAGGAACCCGCCGCCCAGGCACCGGAAGACGCGGAGCCAUCGGGCAGAUUCGCGCCAUCCUACGAAGAAGACCUCCAAGCUGCUCCCAGCGAGCAAGUCAACGCCACCGCGGCCGGUCUAAUCAUCGACGAAAUCAUCAGUUCCACCAGAGAAGGCAGAGCCAUCGACGGCUUCGAUGAGGUCUACAGCGAUCCUUCGGUGCAGGAAGCCCUGCAGAACGGCGACGACGGCGAGGCGAGGAACGUGAUCAAGGAGAGAUUGUGCGCUAUAGGAUUGAUGCAGUGCGAUGAUGUGGAAGGCAAACGCCCCUACAUUUCACCGGAGCAGCUCGUCUACGCCCAACCGGUGGCUAUAAACCCGGUGGGGAAGCCGAUUCCCACCAUUCCCGUGAAGGGAGUCAGAGGAAUAGGGGGCUACGGGCCGCCCAAGCCGCUGCCCUACCCCGCCACCAGGCCAAUGCCGCCCGCGAAGUACCCUCCGCCUCAGAACAAGUACCCGUCGUCGGGGAAUCCCAACUACUUCCAGCAAGGGAAGCCGCCCAGGCGGUACUUUGGGGUGCCUCCGUCAAAGCCGCUGUACGGGAAACCGUUGAAUAUCAACGGGGAGGUCUACGAAGGCCCGGAGUUCUACGAUAAACCGCCCAGUUUCCUCGCCGGUUCCGGCCAAUUUACCGGUCCUAACCAAUUUACUGGUCCCAAUCAAUUCGCUGGUCCUAACCAGUACAUCGAACCCAUCGAGCCCGAAAUUCCUCCUUACAAAUUCCACCAAAACCCACCGCCGUUCCCAGUACAGAUUUCGCAAUCUUCAGUCGAGCACGUGCACCACCAUUACCACCACAACCUAGAAGGAGCUAACAAACCGCUGGUAAUCAACCCCAUACCGGUGGCUUCUGCGGCUGCCACGACGACCGAUUUGUCGGGCUCGUUCCAUUCCCAUCCGGGCAAUUUCGGCACGUUCAAGCCCUCCGCCAGCGUCGCCACCACCGCCGGUCUCGGUAACUACCAAUCGGGCACCUACGGCGGGCAGACCAUCGCGAAUUACGGACCGAAACCGGUCGAGGAGAACUACAACUACAACAGCUUCGGCGCUUCGGUGGGAGCCUUCGGCUCGAGCGGGCUCUACAAGAAGGAGUUGAACUUAAAUUCCGGCAACAACAAUUACCUGCAGACUGGUUACGCCGAUAAAUACCAGGGAUUGGAAUCAUCGAAUUUCGAUUGUACUUGCGUGCCGUACAAUCAGUGUCCUUCGCAGGACGUCAUCGGUCGCAAGGAUGAUUUGUAUUUACCGUUAGAUCCCAGGAAUUUGAAGACCCAAAUCGAGGCUUUGACUGAUGAAGAAACGAACAGUACACUCUCGACUGCAAAUACUACAGAUAGUACAGAAGUAAAGAGCGUUAGUAAAAGAGACACAACAUCGGUAGAUGCUCCGGUUAAGGAAGAUGCCAAACCAGAAGCUCGACAGCGACAGUACGGUUCUUUAGGGAACGUAGACAUGAAGAAAAUCCAACCGACUUUCGGGAUAUCUUUCGGGUUGCCACAACAAGGAGGCGGUGGAUAUCCUGCGAAUCCUUACAAUCCCUCGCCCUUUCCCAAUCCCUACGGCAGCGCUUUAGGCGCCUCCGGCAUCAAUCUCGGCCUGGUGUCGGUGAAUCCUUUGGUUUCCAUACAGCUCUCCAAGGACGAUUACGGCAACAAGGAGAUCAAACCUUUCAUUAACUUGCACGUGACGCCCAACAAUUUUCUCGUUCACAAGUUCGAGGAUCUGUUCGCCUAUAAAAAAGGGGUGAUCUUCAACAAGCACAAACACUACCACGUCCACAACGGUCACCAUCAGUACCACCCUCAUGGGGUGUACCAUCCACACGAAUCGUACCAUCCACACGAGGUUUACCACCCUCACGAAUCGUACCCUCCUCACGACGUGUACCGCGAACAUCCGUACGAAUUUACCCACCACCAGCAACCUCAUCACGACUAUUACCAUCCGGAGGGGCCGCCUCCGGUCGAGCAUCAUCCCUACUUCGAUGAUCCCCUCAACUAUGGAGGCGGUGAAUACGUUAAUUCCUUCGGCAGGACUUACAGAAACGAUUCGAGUAGGGUUGUAGAAGGAAGUAGCGUUUUGCGGCAGUACCAAAACCUCCCGUCCUAUCCGCCAGGAGAUUUUAACACGCGCAGUUUUCGCGCUGGUAAAAGCCUCCAAUCUUCUCGCCCUUCCAAUCCAGUCAAAUUCCCCAGUAGCAGAAAACGAAGAGACUUGCAAGGUAUAGUCGAUGAAGAGAUUUUAGAGAGGCAAUUCUACGGCGGACAGAGUCAAGCCUGCGGUCCGCGUCACGUCUGCUGCAAGCGCCCCCUUCGACCGCAAGUACCGAUUUCGCCGAACCGCCAAUGCGGUACUAGGCACUCCCAAGGCGUGAACGGGCGCAUCAAGAACCCGGUGUACGUGGACGGCGACAGCGAGUUCGGCGAUUACGCCGGUUUCGACCUGCGGGCACGCCUGGGCGAAUGGGACGUGAACCACGACGUGGAGUUCUACCCGUACGUUGAGCGGGACGUGGUGUCGGUGCACGUGCACCCGGAGUUCUACGCCGGUACGCUCUACAACGACAUCGCCGUGCUGCGAAUGGACGCGCCGGUCGAUUGGUCGAAGUACCCGCACAUCAGCCCGGCCUGUCUGCCGCGGCCGCACGAGGAGUACGCUGGUACCAGGUGCUGGACCACCGGCUGGGGCAAGGACGCCUUCGGCGACUUCGGGAAGUACCAGAACGUGCUGAAGGAGGUCGACGUGCCGGUGGUGGGGCACGAGGCGUACGAUUUCCAGUUGCACCCGGGUUUCGUUUGCGCCGGGGGCGAGGAGGGCAAAGACGCCUGCAAAGGGGACGGGGGCGGGCCGAUGGUGUGCGAGAGGGGCGGCACCUGGCAGGUGGUGGGACUGGUGAGUUGGGGGAUCGGUUGCGGCCAGAACGGCGUCCCCGGGGUGUACGUUAAAGUCAGCCACUAUUUGGAUUGGAUAAAGCAGAUUACGCAGCGUUUUUAG